CCUAAUAAUAGUAUUAUCCCUAAAAAUUUCGUCUUGUUCUUAUAGUAUCGGCUGUUUUUCCGUUUCUUUGGCACAAUGAAGGGAAGAAUAACUAUAUUUUCGAUAACGGGUUGUCCAUUCUGCCUCAGAGCAAAGUCCAAAAUACGAGAUCAACUUGGCCUCGAGUUUGUUGACAUUAAUCUCGAUCAACACCCAGAGAGACGCGAAGAAGCGCAAAAGAGGUCAGGAAGGAGAACUGUACCUCAAAUAUUCUUCAAUAAUAUUCAUGUUGGAGGGUUUGAUGAUCUAGAAAAGCUGCCCAAAGAAGAAUUAGACAAGCUUAUCAAGGAAGUUCAAGAGAAUUCUCCCCCUGAGGAUGCACCACAACCACCAUCAAAAAAGUCAGGAGCAACAGAUGAGGGAGAUAAUAAUGUUGUGCAGUUUACCUGUGAGCUUGAUGAGUAUGCAGAAUUAGUCAAGUCUAUCAAAGAGAGUGGAUUGGUCAAAGAUCAUCGGCAAGGACUGAUACAUAACUACAGAAAUACCUUCAUUGGAAAGGAGGUGGUUGAUUGGCUGAUGUUCACCAGGCAAAUUGAAAGGGACCAAGCAUUAGCGAUGUGCCAGAAUCUCUUAGAACGUCACUUUGGUCACAGCAUCAAGAAAGGUGACGAAGAAAAGGGCUUCACAGAUGAUGACACACUCUACAGAUUCCUGGAAGAUGACGAAAGCAAUGCCCUAAAUACUGGUAUGGGAUCCCUGUGUGAACCAAGACCUGCUCAUGAGGUUGGCGAGAUGUUAAGACACUUGAUUCUUGAAUUGUAUGACAGUUAUCUUUCUUCUGAUGGCAAGGGGGUAGACUACACUGCCAUGAGUGACAGCUCACAAUUCCAGGAUUACGUGAAGCACACAGCUGAGUUGCAGCGAGUUCAAGUCGAGGGAGCAACUAGAGAAGAAAAGCUGUCAUUCUUCAUUAAUAUUUACAAUGCUUUAGUCAUACAUGCAACUGUGAAUAAUGGCCCUCCUAACAACCUAUGGCAAAGAUACAGGUUCUUCAACACAGUAAGUUACAUAAUAGGGGGUCAAAGCUAUUCUCUAAAUGACAUUGAGAACGGAAUACUUCGUUCUAAUCGAAGAGCCAUCGGAGCCAUUAGGAGACCCUUUGCAAAGAACGAUCCAAGGCUGAAGAUAGCACUUGAUGACCCAGAGCCUUUGGUUCAUUUUGCGCUGGUGUGUGGUGCAAAGAGUUGUCCACCUAUCAAGACUUACUCUGCCAAGAAUGUAAAUGAAGAACUUCUUCUCGCUGGUGAAGCAUUCUUGGAGGGGGAGGAUGGAUGCCAAAUUGACAUGACAAAAAGAGAGAUUCGCUUGAGUAAAAUAUUCCAAUGGUAUAAAGAGGACUUUGGAUCCAACAACACAGAGGUGGCAAAGUUUGUCUAUGAUCAGAUCGGUGAAGGAGACAAGAGGGCGAGUCUGGAUGAACUGCUGUCAUCAGGCAACUAUAAAGUGACUUACAUGACCUACAACUGGGCUCUCAACUCAAAAUAGGGCACCACCAUCAAAAUGAACUGGAAUUGUUAAUUACGGCUGUAAAAAUAUUUGAACAGAAUUUAAAAUUUCCACUGCACAGACCUCUUGCAUGUGAUGUCAAAGCAGCUCAAUUUGGAGGACAAAACAAAAGAAUUUCAAUCUCUUGAGAAUUGGAAACCCUUUUUUUGCCCUCCAAGUUGAGCUGCAUUCUGACAUGCGACCACGUGAAUGAAAAAUCCUUUGAGAUAGAAAUAACAAUGAAACAGCCACCAUCUUGGUUGAUCUAACAAGAGAAGCUUAAUGAGGAAUGCUUGGUAUAAUCAACCAACAUUGCGGCUAUGAUGUUACAUGCACCUCAAGAAUAGCAAACUUGGUAGCUAAGAGUUAACUUUUGGUUUUGCUGUUCAAAAUUAUAAAAUGUAUGACUAAUUGAUUUUGAUUGAUGGUGCGAAAAGAAAAUUUCAGUGGCAAGCUCACAAGUACCAAGUUUACAUAACAUUUAAAACUGCUAGGACUUGUGCAGAUUGAAGCAUGCACAUGCCGAGAAAACCCUUUGACAUCAACCAAUAACAUGAAUAUGUUUAAGACCCUUUGAAUAUUAUUUUAAAGGAUCCAUGUAUUUAUAAGAGUAGUAAUAUUAUUGUUUCAUUGAAAUAUUUAUUCUUUAUGUUCAUAUUUACACUCUUUCAUUGCACCAAGGCUGCCAUAUUUAAAAUGAAUUCAGAUUUUCACACUUAUAUGAUAAAACUAAUAAAGAAAAUAAUUCAUUCAUAACACUUCUUUUGUAAUAGAUGUUUCCAAACAAAUGUCUUUAAUUAUUGAAAUAA